GUGUAGAUUUUUUUCCACAUCAUAAAAGGGCGUUUAAGUUUAUUUUUAUGUUCUUGGAAAAAUUGUUGAAUCAACCAUCACCGCCAUUUGAGGACAACUCUCUCUUCAGGCUAGUGACAAGGCAGUAUGAAGGGCUGAAAAGGGGACAAUUGAAAUAUAUCACAUUUGCGAUGAGAUUCAACGUAGAUUGACCUUUCUUUUCGAGGUGGACAACGCAUGUGUUUUUGAAGAACGAUCAUGGCUCGAGCAAAAAAUGAAAUUAUAAGAUGUCUAAAAAUUCUUCUUAUGUGGCGGACAGUUUUCAUAUCAUUUUUGCUUCCAAUUUUGUUGCUACCAAUAGCAUUAUCGGAGAGUAAGGUAGCACGAGCAGCCUACGGUGUAUUGAUCAUUGGUAUAUUCUGGGUGUUUGAAGUUCUGCCAUUGGCAGUAACAUCUUUACUUCCAGUACUCAUAUUUCCAUUACUUGGGGUCGCCAAAGUUAGUGUAGUAUGUUCAAGUUACUUCAAGGACACGUUGAUGUUGUUUCUGGGAAGUCUUAUAGUUGCUGUCGCAGUGGAGAAAUGGAAUUUACACAAAAGAAUCGCUUUACGCGCUCUGACACUUGUCGGUCCAAAUCCAAGAUGGCUUAUGUUGGGGAUCAUGUUGCCGUGCUGGUUCCUCUCCAUGUGGAUGAGCAACACAGCAACCACAGCCAUGAUGGUGCCCAUACUCAACGCAAUUCUCCACGUCAUGAAGGAAUCAAUGACAGAUGAACCCGCCGAAGAGACGGAGCUUGUAGAACAAGGCCUUGAUAAAACCAUAGAAAAUGGAGAAGUGGUACAUGUAGAGACAUUGGAGGGGGAGGAAGUUAGCAUCAAACCCCGAGAAAGGGACGUAGACAGCAGGGAUAUCGAUCUCGAAUCUAGCGCACCAAACUUUUCACCAAACGAUCAAUUCAUACGUCUCACCAAGACGUUUGCCCUGUGUACAGCAUUUGCCGCCAAUACAGGAGGAAUGGCGACACUGACUGGAACUCCUCCCAAUAUAAUCCUCAAAACCAUAGCAGACGAUAUCUAUGAAAAAAGAGGCUUGCCAGACUCUGGAAUCUCCUUUGCCAGUUGGUUAAUCGUUGGCUUCCCUCUGUCUCUUAUAUGUCUGAUAAUAUCUUGGAUCUGGUUACAAGUCUUCUAUGCUGGUUCAAGAUGCCUAAAAAAUGAAUCAGAUUCUUAUGAAAGUGUCAGGGUAUAUUUAAAGAAGGCUUACAAACGACUAGGACCCAUGACAUUUCAGGAGAUCGUUGUGCUUAUUGUGUUCAUCGUCUUAGCAUUACUGUGGAUGACGCGGAAACCACAGGUUGUACCAGGAUGGGGAGAUCUGUUCGAAACGGGGUACACUGGAGAUAGCAUUCCUGCAGUAUUAAUCGCUGCUUUUCUGUUUGCUUUUCCAUCUCAUAUCCCUUUCAUAACAAAAGAGACGAGAAAAGACGAGGAGGAAGGCAGAACUGUCUCUGAUGAGGAAAAAUGGAAGUUCCAGCCUCUGUUAGAUUGGGAGACGGUGAAUCAAAAGAUUCCAUGGGGUGUUUUGCUAUUGAUGGGUGGAGGUUUCGCAGUGGCCGCAGCUUGUGAGUCUUCUGGCCUGUCAGAGUGGGUUAGUGAACAGCUGGCUCUUGUAAUGAAGAGCAUGUCAACGUAUCUGGCAGCGCUUAUUCUUUCCAUCAUGGUAGCUCUAGCAACCAAUGUGACGAGUAACUCUGCUACAGCCACCCUCUUCCUUCCAAUCGUCGGUGAACUGGCAAUUAGUUUGAAAGUGCACCCUCUUUCCUUCAUGAUUCCAGUAGCGAUCGCGUGUUCUUUUGCAUUUAUGUUACCUGUAGGGACGCCACCUAAUGCCAUCGUAUUUUCUACAGGUUACCUGAAGGUCAAAGAUAUGGUGAUUGCUGGUUCAUUCAUUAAUUUGGUCACUGUGUUGGUGCUGAUUCUGGCCAUGGUGUUAUGGAUUACACCAUUUUACAAUUUAAACGAGUUUCCAGAAGGGUUUUUGAAGACAGCAAUGAAUGAGACUAUCGUGGAUCUAAACAUUACGUCAGUAAACAACGCAUCAAAUUAUGUUUCGUACAACAUCACAUCAUCAUAAUUUUUGUUAAUUGAUAUCCAGAACGUGUUCAAAUAAUCAACGUUUGGUGCAUCUUUAAAAUCUGAAUUACUAGUAUUAGAGUAACAAGUAUAAUAUAUAUAAUUAUUAAAAAUCAAAAUUAAAUGGAUUCAACGGUCACUUGCCAAAACUAUUACUAGUAUCUUAUGCAAAAUCUGACUGUUGUUUUUGUGUGAUGAGUACUAAUAUUUGCAAAACUUUAAUUUUAGAUAGUUUUUGCUUAUGUUUUACAUAUUUUUGAUAAAUUUUCAAAUCACUGAUCACUACCAGCUAUGAAAAUCAUAAUCUGUGCAAAAUACGAAAAAAAAACCCAAAGGAUUUGUGAUUAAAAUUGACAAUGAAUUUAGUUUAAUUCAUAAAUACAUGUAUUAUAUAUUAUUCCAACCUUUAAAGAGCACAUUGUUUGCAAGCAAUCUGUAUAUAGCAACAAAUGCUGUAUUUUACUUGAAAAAUAACAAAUAAAUUAUAUACUGACAGUUUAGCCACAGCUAUCAAACUUUGAAAUCCGAUUGCUGACACAAAUGUUUGUAAGUAAGAAUCAUUUAUUUUUGUACAUGACAUUUUUUGUUCUAUGUCUUUCAUGGAUAAAACAUAUCUUCACAACUGGUAUCCAGUAUUCACAUUAGGUUAAAAGUAUAACCAUUCUUGAUAUAUGAAGCAUGGUUACAACAUACAAUUUUUGUUAUAUUUGCGUUAAUCUUUUGCCAUAAAAUAUAUAUGUUAUUUAUUGUCGUUUUAUUUUUAAUACUUGUACAUGCUGUAUAUCAUUCCUUUUUCUACAUACUUAUUUUACAAAACAUUCAUAGUAUAAUAUUAUUCACUUUUUACAUACUUGUGAUUGAUUCUGCAUCUUACCCGAUCAAAAAUACAUGGACAUGUAAAACAAUGAACAAAACAUAGUAACACCAGCAAGAACAAUUAUCAUCAGACAAUUUGUUAUAGUAAAAUUGUAACAAGUAUAGAGAAAUGUGGGAGGGUUUGCCGAACAAAUAAAAAAGAUGGUACAAGGGUAAAAAUGAACAAAUGGUUUAUAGGGAUAAAGGGUGUUCUUUAAAGGGGGAGACACUGACGAGUUUUGAAUGUGGUCAGAGAGUUAAAGUGCAUUUUUUGCUUUUUUGGUGUCAUUAUUUUCUGCGUCUGUUUUGUAAUGCUAUUUUUCAUUAUAAUUGUAUUCAAUGAACUUCAAAAGCUUGUUAUUAUAUUUUUUAAAUCUGUGAUUCAAUUUAUUGAAUAUGGUUUUGUAGAAUUAGAAAUUGUUCUGUGAACGAUACAUAUGCAUAUUUUUAUAUUGUUAAACAUGAAGAGA